CACUUCCCUUCUUUCCCGAUAAAACCCCUCCUCUCUUCCUCCUUCCCCUCUUAUAAACCAUUCUCUCCAAUGGAGAAAAACAAUUUCGACAACGACAACGGGAGUUUGACUAUCGGAAACCAUGGCUACGCGCUCAACGGAAAGAUUAUGUUCUGUUCAGUGGUGAUUCUCUUCGUUUGUGUCAUCUUCAUUCUCUGCUUCCACAGCUACGCCAACUGGAUCUUCCGCCGGCAACAAGCCCGGCGCCGGAGUCUCCGUAUCCGACGACACCUACUCUCCCUUCCAUCCGACGCCAACACCGUUUCCGCAUCCCGAGGUUUGGAUCCUUUUGUUCUCAGUCUCAUCCCUGUUUUUGUAUUUUCCGCGAGAAAAUCCGGAUCAACGCCGCCGGAAUGCGCUGUUUGCUUGUCGGAAUUCGAGGAGAAGGAAGAAGGCCGUGUCUUGCCGAAAUGCAGCCAUGUCUUUCACGUCGACUGCAUCGAUAUGUGGUUUGUCUCCCACUCGAAUUGUCCGCUCUGCAGAGCUCCGGUUACAGUACCCGGGAACCAGGUAAGUCCACCCGAAAUUCAAAUAUCGGCGGCGUCGACGGGCGAAGAAUCGGCUGGUGUAGAGCCAGAGAGGAGUGGUGGUGAAGAUUUAGAGAUGGGUAGCUCAUUUUGGUGUUCUUCUUCUUCGUCGGCGGCGGCUAGUGGGGAGAGGAAGCGAAUGGAGCUGGCGGGAAUUGUAGUGGAGGUGCCAAGGGGACCGAGUUCAAUUGGGGGAACAGGGUCGGAGCCAGCGGGUAAUCGGGUUGUCUCGCUGAAGAGAGUUUGGAGCAUAUGAGGUUCUGUCUUUCUGAAGAUAGAAAGCUGACAUAAUUAUGAUUUUCCGGGGGGAAUAUUACGGCUGUAGAUAUAUUAGCGAAACCGCCAAAAACGAUGUUUGAGAUUUUUUUUUAUUAUAAUUUAGCCCAAUUUUAUUUCGGUUUGAUUUUUGGGUACCGAAAUUAAAUUAUAAAAUAAGAUCAUUUAAAGCAUUUUAUA